UGAAUUUCCCACCAUAUUACAAAAAUACCAAUAGGUGAAUCCUUUUCUAGCAGCAUUUUAUUUUAUCAUGGCGAAAGUGAUGGACAUUGACGGCAGUCUGCUGGAAGGGGGCGGUCAAAUCCUUCGAAUGGCCCUCUGUUUUAGCGUUCUGUGCAAGAAGCCGAUCCGUGUCUUCAACAUCCGUGGAGGACGAAAGAAACCCGGCCUGAUGGCACAGCAUAUGAAAGGAAUUGAACUGCUGCGGGAUAUUUGCACUGCCCGGGUUAGUGGCGUAGAACUCGGCUCCAUGGAGAUUGAGUUUCAUCCGGGCGACAUUGGACGGGGUAAAUUCGUAGCUCAUGUUCAGACGGCCGGCAGUGUGAGCUUGCUGAUGCAAGCCGCACUACCGGUGUCUAUUUUCGGGUCAGGAGCAAUUACGUUAGAUCUCAAGGGAGGAACCAACGUGGAAAUGGCCCCUCAGGUUGACUUUAUGACGGAAAUUUUCCGACCGAAUAUGGAGAAGUUUGGAGUUACGUUCGAUUUUGAUUUGUAUCGAAGAGGUUACUUCCCGAAAGGUGGAGGCCACUGUGUGGCUCACAUAAAACCGGUACGCUCGCUUCGACCCGUCACCUUGGUGGAGUUUGGUGUAAUAAACCGAUGCUUCGGGUGGAGUUUUGUGGCCGGAGCUGUUCCGAUCAAGGUUGCGAAGGAUUUAGCCGAUGGUGCCAAAAACAUGUUGAAACGUAUCUAUCGCGAUGAGAUGGAAAUUGAAGAGUACAGAGAGAGCGUCGAUAUGGCUUCCGAUAAUUGCUCUGGUGUAAUAUUAGGCAUCCAAACCACUACUGGCGUUGUUAUGGGUGGUGCUGCGUUGGGGAGCCGUAAUAAGGACGCCUUCCGAACCGGUGAGGAAGCCGCCAACGUCAUCAAGUCGGCCUACAAACUGCGAGCGUGCGUUGAUCGUCAUGUGCAAGAUAUGCUGAUAGUGCUGAUGGCUCUGGCCGACGGUCGUAGUAGGAUCAAAACCGAACCGCUCACAAUGCAUACGCAGACCGCUAUCCACGUGGCGGAGAUGAUGACUAAGGCAAAGUUUACUGUUACUGGGCAAGAGAACGAAGGCUUCUUUAUAGAAUGCGAAGGGAUAGGAUACCAAAACCACAACCAGUGAAACGGGUUUAUACACAUUAGAGUAAGUAUAUUCCAAACUUUGUCGGUUAUACUCUCACGGUUAUGUACAUUCUAUUGCGCUUUAUUAGUAUAAUUUUCAAUAGUGGUAGGAAUUAAA